AUGUCUGACUACGGUGACCACGGUGACGAGGACAACUAUGACUUCGACGCCGGUCAGGACUACGAUGACAAUGAGCCCGAAGACUUCUUGAACCCUGAGGACAUCGAGGGCGUGGAAGGCGCAGAAGCAUACGGAGAGGAUCACUACACUCCCGCAGUCAAUGGAGAUCGUGUUGUCGUUUCGGGCGAUCCCAGCGCCGGAUACUCGGGGAAAGUGAUGGAGCAAGUGCGGGAAAGGAAGGUGCCAAACGACCAGCGCACGACAACCCCAUACAUGACCAAGUAUGAGCGGGCGCGUGUUCUGGGCACCAGGGCCUUGCAAAUUAGUAUGAACGCCCCUGUGCUUGUGGAUCUUGAAGGAGAGACAGAUCCCUUGCAGAUCGCCAUCAAGGAACUGAACCAGAAGAAAAUUCCCCUCAUUGUGAGAAGAUAUCUGCCCGAUGGAUGGUACGAGGACUGGACAUGUGAAGAAUUACUCUAA